GUGACUCGACUCCUCGUACAGAGUCGAACAGCUACAAAGUCCUCUGGCCAUUCCUUGCUUUGUUUUCUUUACCUGCCUCCCUGUCUGUCGAAUCAUUUGAAACAUGCUGAUCACUCUGUUUUUCUCCCUCCUGGUGUCUUCUGUCAUUGCCACAGAGAAAGACAGUGCACUUCCCAGGCUGACUGACACCAAAGCUGCUGAGGCCUUCAUCAACUCUGCUGAAGUGGUGGUCAUCGGAUUCCUGGAGGGAGAGGAGACUCAUGGCUAUCAGGAGCUCAUUGCAGCUGCAAAGCGAGUUGACUCAGUCCGUGUAGCCAUUUGCACUGUGAAAGAGGUGUGGGCUGACUACAGCCUCUCCUCAGACACCAUCACCCUUUUCAGAAAGGCAGAUAACCACCAGGAGAACCUCGUUCUUGCAGAGGCCAAGAAGGUUGAAGCUGAUGGUCUUGUCAAUUUCAUCACCAUCAACGAGGUCCGAUACAUCACAGAAUACAACCAAGUGACAGCAGUGGGCCUGUUCAAUUCAGAGGUGAAGUCACACCUCCUGCUCUUUGCCAACCGGGGGAGUAAAGAAUAUACUGAGCUCAAGGAGCGACUGAGAGCUCUGGCCCCUGAGUUCACAGGCAAGUUCUUGUUUGUGCUGAUUAACGGAGAAGUGAAGUCCAACUCCCGGUCACUGGGUUACUUCGGCCUCAAGUCUCAGGACCUCCCACGAGUCGGUAUCUAUGACGGAGGCUCUGACAUGAAGUGGCUCCUACCUGAGGGAGAGAUUUCUACUGAACGAGUGCGGGAAUUCUGCCAGUCCUUCAUACGAGGGGAACUGAAGGAGGUGAAGCAGGCAGGAGCAGAAGCCAAAACAGAGCUCUAGGACAUAGAAGGAAUGUAAAUGAAUUAAUAUAUAUUAAAUAAAAGACUAAAUGUG